ACAACUGGCAGCCACAGAAGACUCCCUGCCUGGCCCCAUAAAUACCACACUUGUAUAACUAGUUGUGGCCAGACACAUAUACAACCACCGCAGUCAUUGCUGAACCUCAGCAUUGGAGACAGUGUCCAUCACUUUUAGAGCUUACGGUGCUGCUCCUAGACGCUUGCCCUGCCUCCUCGCUCCACUUCUAUCCUCAGCUCUCCCCUGGGUCCCAGACAGCAUCAGCCUCACUCCCUCCCCUUGCCAUUUUCCUUGCGCCUCUUGACUUGGCGGCUGCAGCUUGCCUUUUGGCUCUCUUUGCUAAAGCUUCUGCACCUUCCCCUGCUUCCCUGAGAGCAGCAGCAUCUGUGGCUCUUGGGCGUCUGGCAGGAAAGAUGCCUUCACCUUGAGGUGCUGCCAGUCUCCCCCAUCCUGUUCCCUCUCCUUCGGCCUCAGCAACUCGCCGAAGAGGAAGAAAACACGGUUAAAACCCGCUGGUGGGGCAGGGGAGCGGUGAUGCUGUUCCCCAGCACUCCGGAGGACGCUUGAGCCGGCGUUGCCACAGCGACAGCUCCCGCUGCUCCCUAGAUAAGGCGGGCAGGAGCAUCAGCUGCAGCCCCAGCCCAGAAGGUCCCGCUCCAGCGAGCCCCGACGCCGAAUCACAGCCUCCCCGCUGCCUCACGCUGCUCUUAGCUUCAAGGGGGGAAAAAGAAUAUUUCAAUGAUGUCAACAGAAUGUGUUCAGCCACUUGAUAUCCCAGAAGACAGACUGGACAAGCGAGAUUCACACUGUAACCAUUUAGAGGAUCUUUCAGAGCAGCUGAUUAAAAGCUGUGACCUCAAAAAGAAACCAAGAAAAGGUAAAACCACCCAGGCUUCCCAGACCACUGAACAAGAGCAAAAAAAGCCAAGGAGAAAAGAUACACCAGCUUUACACACUCCACCACCCCUAACAGGCAUACUUUCAGACUUUUCUGAUAAUCUGCUGAAAAGAUACGGUAUCACAGAGAAGCCACAGAGAGAGAGAGUGAGUCCAAGCUCUCAGAUAUCCGAACUGGAGCAGAGAAAGCCCAGGAGAAAAGAUACACCUGCAAUACACAUCCCACCCUUGAUAAUAGGCACUAAGCUGCUUACAGAAGAAAAGCAAACAGUGAUUAUGGAAGAUGAAGAAAAGGAUGGAGACACAAUCCCCAGUUAAGAUUACAGUGAUAUUUCCAGUAAUGCAGUGUAAAUAAUUCUGGGUCAUUCAAAGUGGCACCACAUAGAAAAAAACAGUCCUUUCAUUUUUAUAAAUAAUAAUUUUCUCAAGCAUGCACUUGAAUUUAAAUUAUCUUCAAGUGCUUAACUGCAUCGUAUGAAAUUCGAGCAAGCAUCAUAGGAGAUGAUGACAGAAAAUUCACUUAUACAUGGGGCUGGAAGGAUUGUCUUGGAAAAAGAGAAAGCAGCUUCCCAGGAUUUUUGUCAAUGAGGAAUCCACCUCAGAUCAGAUCUAGCUUCGUGCAGUGUGGUGAUAAGGGUUAACAUAAAGGACACCACCAAUCCCUGUACCUGGCACUAGAUACCAGAGUAGUUGGCAGCACAGGGCCAUAAAACAUCAACUAAUGAUUCAAAUUGCAUUUUUCUCCUGACACUUCACCUCAUUCAUCCAGCUUUCCUCUGCUGGAAUAACAGUGCAAAUUCCCACAUGCACAGCUGAUGGGAUAGAUGGAGAGAGUGGGAGGGCAGGAAUCAACUCUGGAGUCCCCGAAAUGCAAUGCAAACACUUCCUCUGCCUGUAUCUGCUCAUGACUUGUAUUUGUGAUAAGAAAAAGGUAGAUUUGCUGUAGUAGGAAAACUUAGAGCAAAGGGCUGUCAACAUUAACACAUCAAACAGGACAGGCAGCAGAGCUCUCAAAGAGGAACAUACAGGAAGUGCAGCACCUGCCUGUUAUACCGGGGUAGACUAUUGAUUUUUUUUUUGCUUUCAAAGGUUUUAUUCCUGGGUUGGUGAGAGAUAAACUAGUUGGAUAGUUGAUCCUUUUACUCCGUAUUUUUACUUUUGACACCUGCUUUUUAAACUGAGUCAUAGGUAGUCAGUUAGGAGGGGCUGUAAAGUUCAAAAAUCACAGGGGGAGAUUAAAAAUUGAGUAAAAGGAAUGAAUUAGUCAGUGGCAUACACACACUGAAAGGUGGAACAGCACCAUUUUUUAAUAGUUUACCUCAUUGAUUCAAUCAAGAAUUGUUUCACAGCCAGCUACAGCCUUCAGCAUUUGUACAAACAGAGACAGGUACUUGUAGAAUUAUUAUUAUACAAAAAUAGAACUGGGUAGUUUUGUGCUUACCUUAAUAGCUCUGUGCGCUAGAUGGAGCAGCACUGCCAGCGGUUACAGAUUAUCUAGCCUGGCAGACCGAAUUCAGUUAUCUUUUUAAGAGCCUUAGGCAGGCAGCUGAGGAGCAUACUAGUUUGGACUUCAUUUGCCACAGUGACUGACCCAGCAUCUUUCAUGAGAACACAGUCCGUUUGCAGAUAUUCAGCUUCAAGAUGUAAUCAACAAGCUUAUAAUAAAUAAUCGUGUAUUAAAGUGUGCAAGAGGCCAGCUAUAUUAUUAAAGGGAUGUCUGAUACCUA